GUGCCAGCUGCGGAGUCUUCUUCACCUGAAAGAGCCGCAACUGCCCAGAAGGAGAAGAACGCAGAGCUGGCCGGACCGACGGACGCGCUCUCCAUCCCCCAGUUCGCGCUGCCUCGAGGAGCUCCCUGCGUCGCUCAGGUCCCUCCGGCCCGAGAGCCCAGGUCUGGAAUGGAAAUGGUGCAGGAACUGAUUCCUCUGGCCAAGGAGAUGAUGACCCAGAAGCCCAACCGGAAACUGGUGAAGCUGUACGUGCUGGGCAGCGUGCUGGCUUUCUUCGGCGUGGUACUCAUCCUGGUGGAGACUGUGUGCAGCCCCUUCACGGCCUCCAGCCGCCUGCGGGAAGAGGAGGCAGCGGUGGCCGAGCUGCGGGCUGCCCGGGAGCGCCAGGCCCUCCGGACACAGACCCGGCUGGAGAAAGGCAAGCAGCAUGAGGCCGCCCUCUGCAGCCGGGCUCUCUCCAAGCGGCAGCAAGGCUCCUAGGAACUGUGGGAGGCCAGCAAAGGGAGGGGGAGAGGAGAGAGAGAGAGAAGUAAAGAAAGAAAAAGAGA